UCUUCAACCAAACCAAAAACAGAAGUCCUUUGAUUCCAAGUUACCAAAAUCAACAGAAUGGCCUCUUUCAAUAGCCUUGUCUUGGCUUUCUUCAUGGCUUUGUUCUUCUCAAGCAUGAAUGUUGGACUAGCUGCUCGACGUCUUCAGCAACUGCCACCUCUGCCUGCAAUCCCAACUUUCCCCACAGGAACACUGCCACCAUUGCCAUCCAUCCCGAAUAUACCACUGCCUACAAUUCCAUCUCUACCAAAUCUGCCUCGUACACUCCCUCCGCUUCCUAGCAUUCCCACAUUACCACAGCCUACGCUGCCUACCUUUCCUCCAAUGCCUAGCGUUCCUGCAAUUCCUACGGUUCCUACUAUUCCUUCCAUCCCUCUCGCACCACCACCUUCAAAUUAGACAUUGAAGUGGUCUGAUUUCGCAGUGUUUUCAUAGUUUUGUAUCAUAUUAGAAGGCCUUUUAGAUCUUCCUUGUUUCACAAGAAAGAUGACAGAGGCUUUCAUGUGUGAGCAUGGUUCUUUCUUCAUCUCUGUUCCUAUUCUAGACACAGGUGCAUUACUUCCAUUACUUUGUAUUGUAUUUCAGUUCCUUGGGAUUGUAUUUCUAUCAUAUUAAUACUAUGUUUUUCUUUUUCAUAACAUCUUU